CAAGAGGCAUGGGCGAUGUGGCGUUUGGGCGCGGCCUGGGCGCGGCCCGGUGCGCUGCGCGGGGCCCGGGCCCGGGCCCGGGGUAGUGGCGCGGCAGGGGCUGCCUGUGUGGGCGGAGCGGCUGCGGGCUCUCCGACCGGCGGCCUGGCGUUGCGCUCCCGGCCCGGCCCGAGCGGCGCUGGCGGCUAUAAACACCUGAUAAAAGAAGAUGGUAGGAAGACAGUUGUAUGUGUUGAGGGGAACAUUGCGAGUGGAAAAACAACGUGCCUGGAUUAUUUUGCACAAACUACUAACAUUGAGGUUUUGACAGAACCGGUGGCAAAGUGGAGGAAUGUUCGUGGUCAUAAUAUCCUGGGCUUAAUGUACCAAGAUGCAUCAAGAUGGGGGAUAACAUUACAGACUUACAUACAGCUUACGAUGUUGGAGCAGCAUACCAAACCAAUGAUAUCCCCCAUAAGAAUGAUGGAGCGAUCAAUUCACAGCGCAAGAUAUAUUUUUGUAGAAAAUUUAUAUCGAAGCGGAAAAAUGCCAGAGGUGGAUUAUGUUGUCCUAAGUGAAUGGUUUGACUGGAUCCAGAACAACACUGAUGUUUCGGUUGAUUUGAUAGUUUAUUUGCAGACUUCUCCUGAAGUUUGUUAUGAGAGGUUAAAGAGAAGAUGCAGAGAAGAGGAAAAGCUCAUUCCUCUGGAGUAUUUCGAAGCUAUUCAUCAGCUCUAUGAAGAGUGGCUCAUUAAACAUACACUAUUUGAAGUUUCCUGCCCAGUGCUUGUUAUUGGAGCUGAUCAUGACAUGCAGAAAAUGAUAGAGAAGUAUGAAGAAAACAGGGACCAGAUACUAAACCCAUCUAAUAUGCAACACCAUUUAUAGAAGUCUGCAGUUGCUGUAUUUUAUAAAACAUGUUUAUGAAGUCUGCUUUAAGGGCAAUUUUGAAUAUUAUAAAUAUUUCUAAAUAUAAUGGGGCUUGCUUUUGAAUUACACUUUGUGGACUGUUCAGUGGGCUUAGUGCUAUGAAAUGUUCAGAUACAAGUCAUAAACAGAAUGAAAGUUAAUUCCCUUUCAUGUUUUUAGGUUCUCCAUCAGCUUUACUGUGUCAAUUUUACUCAGCUAAAAUGUCAGUCUUCUCUCAUUUCCCACUUCAUUGCUGCUUCCUAUAAGUAACCAAAUUUUCUUCCUUUUUGAUCCCCAAAGACAACCCUAUUUUUAUAAUUUGAAAGAAAUAGUUCCACACAGGAAGUGGGAUGUCCUUUUUUAUUAUUAGUGGAAGCAAAUGAAGUUUCAAGUUAAAGCAUCAAGUUAAAGUAGCUUUGUUAAAUAGGUCUUUUCAGGUUGAAAUAGGGGGUCUUACUCUAAUCCUACCUAUGCUAGUGCAGUUCCAUUGAAUUCUGUAAAUUUCUUCCACUUUGCAUGAAAUCGCAACAUAGCUGUUCUGAAGAUAACAAUGCAGUAGUAUAGUCCCACUGAAUUCAGUGGCAAAAAAAGCUUAACAGUUUUCAGAAGUGAUUGCAGAGUGGCUCUGAGGCUUUUUUUUUUAAAAAAGGCUAAUUUCUCUCUGGUGCUCAUGAAAUCACUGGCCCUGCUAUGGCUUAGUUAAGACUAGCUAAAAUACAGGGUGCACAGAAGUGUAUUUGUUGUUCUUUUCAAAUGGUUAUAAAAAUCCUAGAGUUAAUUGAUCUCUUAACUAUUUUGUAUUCUUCAGUUCUUUUUUUUUUUUUCACAAAGAAAAAUACAGAUGGCUGUCUGGGUUGAUAUAUCUUGAUCAGUUUAUUGUGACUUACAGGUACUUGGACAGCAGAGAAAAACAGUGGGGAUUUCAUUGUUAGCUGAAGUGUUGAGUUGCCCUUAAUUUCUGUUUGACCUCAGUGUUGUUUUCAAGAUAAUCCUUUUAAUGCAGUAGUUCUAUUUUCAUGUUACUUUUUCCGUUUGAGGGGAACGAUUCCUGAAGUACAGUGUGUGUAUAUACAGAUUUAUUUUUUUUUCUGUAAUAGUUUUGGUUGGUUUAAUUGUAGCAAGCAUGGCUAGCAGUGCUUAAAAA